AUAAUCUUUCAAUUCUGCCUCAGAUUUGUUUACCUUCUCAAACUCAUGAUUUUGACUUGCCGUAUAGAUACACAUUUUUGAUAGACUAUAGAAGAAGUUGUCUUCUACCCAACUGUCACACUGACAUAUUAUAUUCAUCUGUCAAAUUAAAAACAUCCGAUAGCACACGAGCGCCAGCCGACGACAGCCAUGCUCUGGCAAUUGGAAGUGGCUACUUUUAAUAUUUGUAAUCGCGUUCGUCAACAUUAUUUUCAACAAAUUUUCCGAAAUUUUGCAUCUCACGCUCAUAAAAUCAAAAAAAUGAAUAAAGUUUACUUUCGCAAUGAACCUGGAACUACAGAAUUACAAAUAAGUUUUCGCUACAAGAAUCCAGAGAAGAAUGUCGACAGAGAAUUCAAUUUCUGUCGUACCAUGGACGAAAACAUUGAUGAUGCACUUGUUAGAAUACGUAAUAACAUAUCCAAAGAACUAAAUAAGAAGUCCAAGAAGAAACAGAAAAAAUCCAAACAAUCUCAAGAGGAUACAUCCUCAAACAUCCCACCAGUUGUACAAAAUUCAGAAAGUCAAGAGGUUGCUGUAGAUUUCAUUAAGUGCAAUGAAAAACUAUCUUCAAUUACAUUUGCUGAAAUGAUUUCCGACUCAAAAGAAUUGAGUCUUAAAGUGUUUGACGAAAAUUUGGAAGUGGUUGUAAAUAAUCCCUGGGUUUGCAAUUUAGUGUUACCUCAAUCGAUUUUGGCUGGAUUUAUUGUUUAUCCAAGCAAAAUGGAAUUACAGUUCUCUGAAAGGAAACAUUCCAUUGGAACAUGGUACAAAGGAAAGAAGCCCAGUUCAGGAAAUCUACAACAAAUUGAAUGGAUUAAGUGUGGAAUUGGAUUGAGCUAUACAACCUCAACAGCUGAUAUCGGCUACCUCAUAAAACUGGAGCUGCAGCCAGGCAAUGCUAGUUGCUUGGGUCCUUCGGUUGAGGCUAUUUCUAAAAACGAAGUACAAGCAGGUCCAGGCAAAUGUCCAUUCGAAGAACGUCAUGUGUUCACCGCAAAUCGGCUGAAUGGGGAUAAGUUUCGUGUUGUGUCGUAUAAUAUUCUUGCCGAUUUGUACGCAGAUAGUGACCAUACUAGAACUUUCCUAUUCCCCUAUUGUCCACCAUAUGCUCUUAGCAUUGACUAUAGGAGACAAUUGUUUAUAAAGGAAAUAAUUGGAUACAAUGCCGAUGUGUUGUGUUUACAAGAAGUAGAUACCAAGGUCUUUGACCUAGAUUUGAAACCAAUACUACUCGAAAAGGAAUAUCAUGGAUUAAUGCAACAAAAGGGUUCCAGUGGUGAAGGUGUUGCGACGUUCUUUAGAAGCGACCGAUUCGAAAUGAUCAGAACUUGUGGAUUGAAUAUAGGCGAGAAUGUCCCAACUUUGCCAGUUUUUCGAGAUCUUUGGGAAAAAAUCAAGGACAACACCAAACUAGUGGAGCGUCUUGUAGAACGGGCAACAACUUUGCAGUUCAGUGUAUUUCGGUCGAAGGACACUGGAAAAAUACUGUGUGUGGCGAAUACUCAUCUAUACUUUCAUCCCGAUGCCGAUCACAUACGUCUCCUGCAAGUUGGAUUCUCGAUGCUGUAUAUAGAAAACAUGUUGAAAAAACUACCAUCUGAACUUAAUACUUCGGAAGAUAGUAUAUCGUUAGUAUUUUGUGGAGAUUUCAACUCUGUUCCUGAAUGCGGAAUUUAUAAACUUAUGACGGAGAAAUUUGUAGAUUCAGAUUAUAUCGAUUGGAAAAGUAAUGCUGAAGAAGCUGUAAAAAAUGUCACACUUUCUCAACCUUUUAGCAUAGCUUCAGCUUGUGGAACGCCUAAAUAUACAAAUUUCACCCACGCAUUUGCCGCAUGUUUAGAUUAUAUUUUUUAUCAAUCCGACCGUUUGGCUGUCGAAGAAGUUAUACCAUUGCCGUCAGAUGAGCAGCUUAAAACGCACACUGCCAUUCCUUCGGUAGUGUUUCCUUCCGAUCAUGUCGCGCUGGUAGCUGUUCUUAAAUUCAAAACAUAGAUUGUUAUCUAACUACUUAACUUAUAUAUUUAAAGAUGGGAAAAAACUUGUUUUUACAAAUAUACAAUUAUGGUAUUCUUAGAAACUA